CGAACACGUAGCUCGAGCGCUCCGGUGUCGAGGACGUGGCCCCUCCUCCUAGACACUAGCCGUCCCACGAAGAACCUCAAGAGCAUUUCAGGUCUGCCAGUGCACCGCAUGUUUCGCCGCCUGUUCCGGUCGAAAAAAGUGAGCGAGGCCCGGCCGAACUCGUGGCUCGACUGCGACGAGCGAGAGUGUCCCGUCCAGCGCCUGGUGUGCCGGGAUGGCGGCAGCCCGGACGUCCCAAAUGAACUGGCCCAUGGCGAGUCACUCGUCGGGCGGGGACACCGGUGCUCAGCGGCUCGCGUGGACGAUUACGAGGGCGUCUCUUGGAUGGGGCGACUGGAGUGGCCCGAGUGGCCGGUGCAGGAGCAAAGCUUCGAGAACCGGGAGGAGGACCUCUCCGUGGCCUCCUGCGUCGAGUCGCUCUGGAGCCGACGGUGCUUCCGAGGCGGAGCACAGUCCCUGCCCGCGGAGGCAGGCCUCGCGGGGCGCGCCGGCCUCCAGGACUGGUGGUCGCUGCGAAAGGACGACUGUGUACGCGACGCAGUCAUGGCCAAGCUUGGCCUCCAGGUCACCUGCCUGGGUAGCGUGUCACCGAUGUCGAAGUCCUACCCUGGCCAGAAGGCAGUGUUCAGCGCUUACCGUGGCCUGAGCCUGUACAAAAGUGGCGGCGACGCCACCAUGGCCGCCGCCGCAGCAGCAGCAGCCACGCGUCGGUCACCGACGAGUGGCGGCGAGCUCUACGAUGAGAAUGAUGUCGAAACCAAGCCCGGUGCUGGUGACCACGGGCAUUCCCCCGACAAAGACGGCAAUUACCGUGAUCGUAACGGAGGAGUCAAGGAUGAACAUAACGAUAAAAAGCUAUUUCAUCAGAGGAUGCACGAGCCGCACCCAGCCGGCGUCAGGUGCGCCAGCUUGGAGACCUUCCACGCGAAAGCUUUUAGAGCGGUUUCAGUGUGUUCUAACUGCAGCCAUUUGGAAGGACUUCUCGAGGAACACGAAGCAAAGGCGGCAGAAGAAGGCAUGCUGAGCGAAAGCGGAGAUGAUGGUGCAGUUCCUGGCUGUUUGGGCAACACCAGUGGUAGCCUCGACACUUCGACGUUGAGUGGUGACAUCAAACUUGACCACAUAGAAGACAUUGGCAGCAGGCUUCAUUCCACGCCUAGCCGCCCUAACGGAGGCUGCGGCGUCGAAGAUUAUAGGCGGCUACAGCUUGGCCUGGGCGAUUUUGACCACUUAGGCGGCACCGCAACUUGCAGCUGCGCGAGAGGCGACACUUCGCUGCACGUGAAGGUAACCGGCUCCGGUGACUGUGAGCAAGGCAGCGGAGGAAGCAGCCGGCUUCCUGCAACUUCGUCACCAAUUCCUACUGAAGCGGAUGAAGACGGUGCGUGUCUUGGUAGCUUUGGUGAGGACGGUGUCAUCGAAAACAAAGGGAAUGUGAUGAGUGACGAGCUUUGCAAUGCGGAAUUCGGUGAGGCGAAGACGGUGGAAGACGAGUCCUUUUCUUCGGACAUGACCGUGAGGCGCCUGAGCUAUGGUGAUCCCAUCGAUGAGGUUGAGUCAGAGUUUGCAUCUCAGCAAGGUAGUGAAUCUGCCGGAGAGUUUCUCGAUGCCGGGUUUGAUAUAGACUGCUCCGGGGAAGCUGCCGUAGAAGCGGACUUUUUCUCGUACGUAAAUCUGAGCCCGAACUUUGUAUCAACGUCCGUCAGAAUUCAGAACCAGCGAGCUGCGUGCGAACAGCAAAGUUCUGAGUGGCGUGACUUUGACGUGUUUCGAGAGCAGCAAAGUGACGAGUUCUUCGGCGUGUUCGAGGCGCGUCCAUUGCGCAAGGGCGAGGAGUGCAAGUCAGGUUUGAUGCCGUGCGAGGUUAUCCAGUCUUUGAGCAGCGAGCUCCCUUCUAGUCCGAUCACAACGCUCACCAGUGGUAGUACGUCAGCAUCCGGACCUUUCAAACUGACUGCUGCCUUAGAUAAUAAGGAGCAGAGGCAGUUGUGCCCCAGUCCGACUAACAGCAUCGAUGGCCAAGUAUCCGUUUCAUCCUACGGUUCCUUCCUGACCGUAGACUCGUACGAUGACGAAGCAGACUUUCAAAACGCCAAAUUUAUCGGCUUUAGCACGAACAGCGAAUCUGCCCAUGACUUAAGCUCUCCAAUAGCACCAAGUCCUGUUAUCGUACAGAGCCCCCUCCGUCCUGAAUCGCAAAGCUUUCAAAGCUACGAAGAGACAGUUGGUUCCAGUCCUGACGGAUGCGCUACGAGCGAUGAGCUCCCGCCGGACAUGAACCUCGUAGAACCCACCUGUUCUCUUGUUGCAUAUGGCCAGCUAUGUCCAGAGUCACAAAGUUUUCAGAGCUACGAAGAUGCAGCAAGUUCCAGUUGUCAAAUCGAACUGGACGCCGAAGGUGCAUGUGACAUUAUAGGACCAGGUGAGCGACCUGCGAGCGCAGACUACGAAAUAGUGGUUCAAGAGGCCGGAGGUUCGAGUUCGACUACAACGCUAUCUUUUCACGUUCUUGAUGAGGAGGCGGACGGAAGCACCUCGAGCAGCAGCAGUACCAGCAGCAGCAGCAGUAGUAGCAGCAGCAGCAGCAGCAGCAGUAAAAACAGCAGCAGCAACAGCAGCAAAAGCAACAACAGUAGCAGGAGAAGCAGGAGAAGCAGUAGCGGUAGCUGUAGCAGCGAAAGUCCCGCCGAGUCCGGUGAGGAGAAGAUUCCAGCGGCCAAUUCAUCACGUACACCGUCGCAAUCGUCAUCACCGGUGCUGCCUAACGCAGAGAAUGACGCCUUCAGCAACGGUGGCGCAUCACCACCAUUCCCGCUGCAGGACUACCGCAGCUGCCGUGACUUUCUGCGCAGGCUGACGGAUGCGAAUCCAGAGCUCUCCUACUCCCUUAGCAAGUCCUUUGCUUCCGAGGAGUGCGGCGUUAGCGAGGCUGCUUCCAUUGAAGACGUAUGCAGCCAGAUCUUCAGCAGCUACAACGAAAGCUUCACUAACUUUGAGGCACUAGAGAGCUUCCCGGCGCUUCCACGCUCUAGCACCGCAGAGAUGCUUACGUGUCCGGAGCUUCGGCCCUUGCGCUUGGAAGGGAGCACCAAGGACGUUUUCGAACCUGCGUUAAGUAGGGACCAGAGUAAGCGCUUGAAGAGGUCCGCGGCCCCAGCUGCUGCUGCUUCGGACACGACGGCAACGACCAGCAAGAUUUCUGGAAAGUGGAGUCACAUGCCGUCGGCGUCUUCGGUAUCCAUGCCUGAUUUGAACCAUUCUCAGAAGAGUACAUGGCCACCGGGUCUUCAAGAGCAGAGUGGAGAUGCAGCCGUCUCGGAUGCAAAUCUCGAUUCAGUGGGAGCUCACGCAGCCACUGCAAGGAAAGUGGUCGGUUUCGCAUUGUGACGGCGAUCUGAGACUUCGGGGCGUUUGUAGAGAGAUGAAACCUGGGGAGCAUGAAGACUUCUACCUUGUAAUCAAAGGUAAUGAAUCAGCGCAUGCGGUAACAAGAACAUUCUCAGCUUAUCCACGUCGCGUCAACUGCCAGGACUUGUUAUGCUUGUAAAGGAUCCAUCUAAGGGUUUCGAGGCCAA